AUGAGAUUCUCAGCUGCAUCAUCGCUAUGGAUGCUGAGCGGGCUCUUGAGUGCAGCCGACGGCUCACCUACUCCCGCCGAUGACCUUGUCGUGAAGACAUCUUCAGGGCAGAUUACCGGCUUCAUCAAUUCUACCUAUCCAGAUGUACGGCAGUUCCUAGGCAUUCGCUACGCAAAGCCGGCUGUACGUAAAUUGCGCUUCGCGCCGCCUGAGCGCUACACCAGCAACGAGCCUUUCGUGGCGAACAAGACACCUGAUGCUUGCCCCCAGUUCAUCAGCAGCAUGCGCACAAUCAUCAACGAAGCUGUCACAGAGUACAACAACUUUGCACCCAUCAGCGAAGACUGUCUUUCUCUUUCAGUGUGGGCUCCCAACGACAUGAAGAAGGGCGACAAACUACCUGUUUUUAUCUGGAUCCAUGGAGGUGGCCUGCAAACCGGCUCUUCAUCUGUGCCAUUGCAGCAGCCUCCCGCAUGGAUUCAGCGCAGCAAAGGCCAUAUCGUCGUGGCUAUACAAUACCGCCUGAACAUCUUUGGCUUCCCCAACGCCGCCGGCCUGAAGCAGUCUAACUUGGGAUUUAUGGAUCAACGCAUGGGCAUUGAGUGGGUUCGGGACAACAUUGAAGCUUUCGGCGGCGAUCUGAACAGAUUGGUACUCUGGGGGCAGUCUUCCGGUGCCGCUUCUACCGAUGUCCAGAACUUCGCCUUCCCUAAGGAUCCCAUCGUCAAAGCCUUCAUCCAGAAUAGCGGCAAUGUUCUGAUUCCCCCUGCCACCGGUCUUGCUAUAUCCGACCCAGCACACAGCAACUUUUCAUUCGUUGCCAGGGAGCUUGGUUGUCCUCCUGUCCCCGAGGCGGAGCUGGCUUGCAUGCGCACUCAGUCAACCAAGCGCAUCGUUGACUUUCUCGCCAAUUACACAGAUUCCAUGAAACAGCCUGCCCUCGACUUCCUCGCCACUACAGACGGCAAGUGGGUGUUCUCCAACUACACCGAGCGUUACGCCAAGGGUCUCUUCAGCGACCGCCCUGCCAUCUUCGGGUCCAACCUUCGCGAGGGUAACAUCAUGGUUCCGUUCCCAAAAGACCCCAUACACAUGGGUGUGAACGAUACUCUGUCGGAGAAGUUGACCCUCGCGCUCUUCCAAUGUCCCGCCGCUCACUCCGCCGGGUUCCGAGCCGCUGCCAAGCGCAAGACAUACCGUUAUAUCUACAGCGGCAACUUCACCGAUAUCAGCCCCUAUUUCUGGUCUGGGGCGUACCACAUGACGGAGCUGCCUCAGAUCUUUGGGACCAGGGGCGAGUUUAACGCUGCGGCUUCGGAAUACGAAGUCAAAACUAGUGAUGGUAUGCAGGACUUAUGGCUUGGCUUCGCGCAGAACCUGGAUGAUCCCACGAAGGCUGGGUGGCAGGAGGCCAGCGGCGGCAAAAUGCUCAUGCUAGGUGCGCCUGGGGGCCCUGAUAUCCAGGUCAUUGACGAGAUGGUGGUUGACGAUCCUUGCAAACAGGCAAAGCUUUGA